GUAACAAGCCCAGCCAAUACAUAAGAUCUGCUGGGGGCGCAAUCUCGUUCAACCUCAAUAUAGCCAACAAUUGGCCUUCAGUCUACUGUUACCCCACGUUCCGAAUAGAAGAAGUGAAAUAGCCACACUCCUUCUCCAGUCAAGCUAGCUACUAGGGUCUAUAUAUCAAAGAUGAAAGACCUCCUCCAAACACGCGCUGAAACAACCGUCCGUCUCUAUGCGGACCCUCACAACCCGCAUCUUCACCUUGAACGAGCACUGCUUCAUGAGCAAUUGGGAUUUGCGGAUUUAGCAUCCGCAGACGCGUACCGCGCUCUUUCACUGUUGGAGUCCGUUGUUGAUCCUGACGGAUGCGAGUUUCAUGCUCGACGGAAGAUAAAUACCCAAGUUCAAGGUGAAAAGGAGGGGGAGCAGGAGGAAGAAGAUGACGAGGACGCCGACGAUUCUUAUGUCGCUACUACACAAGACGAGUAUGACGAGAUUAUCGGGACUGUAUAUGCCUUACUUGUUCGGAACCUGGUGAAAUGCCGGUGCUAUAGAGAUGCAUAUGAAUUCUGCUUGCGUGGUCUGUCGCUACUUGGAAGUAUGGAAAAGGGCGAUGGUAAAGCCGUGGAUACCCUUAAGGAGGAGCUGAGCGCAAUCCAGAAAGCCUACAUUUCUCGACGGCCCGACUCGGUAAAGGAAAACGGAGCCGCGGAUGUGGACAUCAGCCCUAGUGCUCUGAAUGCACAGGGCUUCGCGCGGAGGGUCCUGUAUCCCUGGAACGAGCACGAGCCGGACAGAAAGGCCCCUGAGACACUCAAUCUACUCAAUGACAGACUGAAGGACGUUGCGCCCAAAUGUGAAGUGCGGGCUGUUGCCCUGCCCGCCCUCCACGGCACCACCGACGAAGGAACCUCAUCAGAGGGCGAGGUAUCCAUCCAACUAGGCCUCUUCGCAAAAGAAGACAUUGCCCCCGGCGAGAUCAUCCUCCGCGAAAACUCCCUCCUUACAGCCACCAACAGACUCCACGACGACCUCUGCGACGCCUGCAACGCCACCCUGCCCGAAUUGUCAGCCGAGAACCCACCCGUCGCCUGCACAGGCUGCGACGACACAAUCUUCUGCAGCCAAACCUGCCACGACCAAGCACAGGAAAUCUACCACGGCGCCCUCUGCGGCCUAAUGGAGAAUCUCGAAUCCAUCGGCAAAGACACCCCCGACCCCAAAGACAAAGCUGACUACCUGUACCUCCUCCUCCUGGGCCGGGCAAUCGCUAUGGCCGCAACACAGGACGUGCAUCCUCUUGACCUCCCCGAGAUCAAAUACAUCUGGGGCGAUUUCCACGACCUCGAAGGCUCAUCUGAAGACUCUGUUACCUCCAACGACCCCACCGCAACGCUCCCCUUCUCGUUCCACCUCAAUAUCCUCCAGCCCAUGCGCAUCAUCGAGGAAAUGGAACUGGAUCCUUAUGAGGUCCUCCCCCGCUAUGAUACCUGGGUGCUUAAUACGCUCUAUGCUAAAUUCCGCGGCACCGCAUCCGGCCGUCUUUCUACCUGGGACGGUGGCCCGGAGCUCUGUGCUGUGCAUCCGCUCUGGUGUCUUGCGAACCACUGCUGUGAUCCGAAUGUGAGGUGGGAGUGGGGUGGUGAGAUUACCUUCCGGGCUAGGACGGAGUCUGAACGUCCUGUUUGGAAGAAGACUAGUACAGGGGAGGAGAAGACGCCGCCAAGGAACGAGGGGAUCAAGGCUGAUGAGGAGAUUUUGAAUCAUUACUGCGAUAUUGGACUGGAUGUCAAGGAGAGAAGGGAAUGGGCUAGAGGUGCAUUGGGUGGGUUGUGUUUGUGUGAAAGGUGUAUGUGGGAGGCUGCUGAGUAGAUUCGUUUUACAUUGUCAUUUCCUUGGGGGAGUUUACGAGAAAGGAUAGAUGGGUUGGAUCGUUGAGUGAUACCCUAGAUAUGAUAGAUGCUGUACCGAAAAAGCUAUUGUUAUAGUUUGCGUUUUAUA